AUGGAUAUCAAAACACUGCUAGAUAAUCUUCGAGAAGAAGUGUCUUGUUCAGUGUGUACUAACAUCUACACGGAACCAAAACACCUUCCAUGUCUUCACAGUUUCUGUCUGCUAUGCUUGAAACAGUGGCACAGGUCAAGCCAUGGCCAUGAGACGAUAAGAUGUCCGAAAUGUCAAGUCGUUAGCAGAGUGCCUGAAAGUGGUGAUCUGAGAGAUCUUCCGACCAGUUUUUAUCUAAACGGUUUGAUCGAUGUGCUGGCCAUAAAAGAGUGCGAAAGUAGCCAGGUGCGAUGUGAAAAUUGCGAAAAGAGGAGCUGUGAAAGUUCUUACUGUUUCCAAUGUUGCGUAUUUUGGUGUGAAGAAUGUGUCAUUGGACAUAACAUUAUGAAGAGCAACAAAGAUCAUCGUGUUAUGGCGCUAAAAGAAUUUCAGUACAAAGACUUCGAGGAUGUGUUGAAACGCCCGUUGUACUGCUCGAAGCCGCGACAUGAGAAAGAAGAACUGAAAUACUUUUGCAAUAAAUGCGAAUCGCCUGUUUGUCAAACCUGCGCCACGAUGAGUCAUAGUGGCCACACUCUAGAGCACAUCGAGGAAAAAGCUGAAAGACAAAAGAUUGAAACUAAAUCAUUUCUUGACGUCCAAAGACGCAACCUGCAAAAAAAGAUGAACUCUCUCGGUCAACUUGAUGAAUACUACGCUCAGCUGGUAAGACAACGCGAUGAUAUGAAGGAAAGUGUUCAAGGACUUGUGAACAAGUUGAUUGCAACCAUUGAAGCGAAGAAGCAAAACAUUUUUGCAGCUUUAGAGAAUGAAACGAAGAAUGUACUGGAAAAUCUUACAACGCAAAAGACAGAGGUAGAGCGUCAAAUUAAAAUACUCGAAUCAUCGCUGGAAAAAGCUGAUAAACUAUUAAUACGAAGUUCAAACGCCGAGAUCGUUCAACUGAAGAAACCAAUAGAGACAAUAUUUCAAGCAGUUAUUCAAAGUCAGCCAGUGGACCUUGACCCGGAAAAAGUUCCUGCCAUAGCUUUUGAAGAGAAUCCAAAGUUUUUGUCCACAGUAAACACCGAAGAAAUUGGAACUUUGUCAAUGAAACUCCAAACAAAAGCAUUUCAUUCUGUCGCUGAAGGAAAAGGACUUGGAGAAGCAAUUGUUAACCGUGAAGCGCAUUUUACAUUGACUACCAGAAACGUUGAAGGCGGACAGUGCUACAAUGAAAAUGACCAUGUAACGGUGGAGAUCUUGGACGAACAAGAACGACAGUGCGCUACAGAAGUACGAAUGAAUGACAAUAAGAAUGGACUCUAUCAGAUCAGUUUUUCAUCCAAUUUCCAAGGCAUAUGCAAAGUAAUAGUAAAGGUAAAUGGGGAACAUGUGUGUGGCAGUCCAUUUGCUGUGCAGGUAAAACCAUUUCAAUUAAAAGCUGUUUUAUCUUUUGGCAACAAAGGUUCAUCUAAAGGAACGUUUAAGUUUCCCUGGGGGGUAGCAGUUAAUGCCCGCAACGAGAUGGCCGUAACUGAUUGUGAAAAUAAUAGAGUUCAACUCUAUAACAGCGAUGGCUAUCAUUUAAGAUCUUUUGGAAAGAAAGGCAACAAAGCAGGAGAAUUUUAUAGCCCAAUGGGAAUAGCUUUUGAUAAUAACGGUAACCUUUUGGUAUCAGACAACAACAACUACAGAGUUCAGAUUUUUAAUAGGGAGGGUGAGUUCAUGGCAAGUAUCCCAGGGAAAGGAAGCUCUGUCGAUCGUCAGUUCCUUAUUCCGUGGGGUUUAUCCGUAGACGGUGAGGGGAACAUCCUUGUCGCUGACGCGGGUAACAAACUAAUCAUAAUCUUUUCGCCAGCUGGGAAGUUUCUAAUGAAAAUAGGUGGGCAGGGCUCAUUUAGUCAUCCUGUCCAUUGCGUUCAAAGUGGCAGAUUUUUCUUUGUAUCAGACAGUGGUGAACAUUGCAUCAAAGUUUUUGACAGGAAUGGAAACUUUCAGUACAAGUUUGGAAAGAAGGGUACUGGAGACGGGGAGUUUAAUGGUCCAGGAUGUAUGACAGUGAACAGAUCAGGACACAUAAUAGUUUGUGAUACAAAUAAUAAUAGACUACAAUUAUUUGAACCGGAUGGAACUUUUGUGGGCAAAUUUGGAACAAAAGGUAACGGUUUAGGAGAAAUCCGGUCUCCAAAUGCAAUAGCUAUUCUUAGUACUGGGCGAAUUGUUGUUGUUGAUCAAAGUAACCACCGCUUACAAAUGUUUGAGUAA